AUGGCAUGUAAAAAUAGAUGCAAUAUGAGAAAAUACUUGCCUGUACAGCAAAUCUGUGACGGUUCCUCUGACUGUGCAGAUGGUGUUGAUGAGACAAAUUGUGAAUCAGACGACCCUGCAGUGGCUUCGUGUGUCCAUUUUCAGCAGAAACAAGACCUAAAUGUACAGAAUAUUGUUGUCAUACACGAGAGUGUGAGAUGUGCUAUCUUUGAUAUGGGAAGAAGUCCUGCCCUUUAUCCUUAUUGUGCUGACUUUAUGGACCAAACAAAUUGUACACAUGUAAGUCGGGUAGGUGGAUAUUGUGAAGUGAAUGGGUUCCAAUCAACCAUCUCCAAGAUUAUGAUUUGUGGUGGGAACAAACAACUCUGUGAUGAUAACUCAGAAAACAACUGCAUAUAUGCUUCCUCAAAGUGUCGGGUUCAUAAACAUAGGCUCUGUGAUGGAGAACAGGAUUGCCCAGAUGGAAGUGAUGAGAAUCAUGAUGACUGUAAUUCCAUGACAAAAGAUCAAACAUGUGUUCGCAAGUUUGGAAUUAACGAAAAGAACAUGAUAUUGCCCCACUCUUGGAUUAUGGAUAACGAACCAGAUUGCUUAGACGGCCUGGAUGAGAUGGAAAAUAGAUGGGAUGAUUGUCUAGGUAGCAGAUCUAAGGAUAAGUAUGAUUCCAGCGUAUCAUGUAAUGAUGAAUGUGAUACCAACGAUUGCAAAGAUGAAAGCGACUGCAACAACCGAUCUUAUGGAAUGGUGUGCAAAACUAGAUGCAAUAUGAAAACUUACUUGCCAGUACAAAGUAUUUGUAACGGUUUUUCUGACUGUUCAGAUGGUUUAGAUGAAGAAAACUGUGAAUUGGAUGAGUCAGCAGUCCCUUCCUGUGUUCAUUUUGAACAGAAAGAAGAGAAAAGUUUGGAGAAAGUUGUUCCCAUAAGUAACAGGACGAGAUGUGCCAUCUUUAAUCUUUCUGCCAGACCUCCUGUGUAUCCUUACUGUACAUACUUUGAAGACCAAACGAAUUGCUCUGAUACAAAUCGGGUAGGCGGAUAUUGUGAAGUAAAAGGGUUUCAAUCAACCAUCUCGAAGACUAUGGUCUGUGGUGGGAACAAACAACUCUGUGAUGAUAACUCAGAAAACAACUGCAUAGAUGCUUCCUCAAACUGUCGGGUUCAUAAACAUAGGCUCUGUGAUGGAGAGAAGGAUUGCCCAGAUGGAAGUGAUGAGACUCUUGACAUCUGUAACUCUGAACCACAAAACGUGACAUGUGUCCGUAAAUUCGGAAUUCCUGGGAAGAGCACAACGAUACCCGGGUCCUGGGUUAAUGAUAAUGAGUUGGAUUGUCUUGAUGGUUUGGAUGAAGAUAUGUGGAAUCAGGCUGAACAAUCGUAUUCCUGCGGUACUGAAACUUACAGGUCUAGGGCAGGUCGAGUCAACAAGUGUCGAAAUUCUUUCGUUUGCCCAGGGGUUGACAACAAGAACUCGGUCACGAUUGAACUCUUCUGUGAUUCCAAAGAAUCUUGUGAAGGUAGAGAAAACGAAGUAUGUGAAACGUCAAAAGACUUUUUCUCGACGAAAAGAAUAAUAGAGAAAUCACAUAAAUCGGUCAAAGAUCUGUGCGGAAAAACGAACACCUCCGUUUGCCAAGAGAACGAGUUUGAUUAUCACACAGUUGAUAUAUUUGGGGUUGAAAGGACCAAACUAUAUCUUCCGAGCGAACCCAUCGAUUGCAGUGACAAAUUUGGAGAGCAUUAUGUUUAUCUGAGCUGUAUGGGUCGUUGUGACAAUACAAGUUGUCCGUUGAAGAGCGAUGCUUUAAAACAGGACUCUUGUCCGGAACAAUACUCAGAGCGGAUCUACACGCUGGCAAACAACUCUUAUUUGACAUUUGUCACAAAAUCUGAGGGCCGUUAUCACAAUGACUACUACGAAUGUGACAAUGGCCGCUGUGUUAACUUCUCCCAAGUCUGUGAUCUUGUAAAUGACUGUGGCGACAUGUCUGAUGAACGUAAUUGCAAAAACCAUUUCACGUGCGAAGAUGACGACAAAGUUCUCCUAGGUUUUGAGCAGAAAUGUGAUGGCGUCUACGACUGUCAUGACCUUUCUGAUGAAUGUAACGACUUCUGUGGCAAACUAAUCAUCAGUGAUCUGAUGCUGACACGACUCUGUUGGUCGAUUGGAACAAUCGCCAUUCUGCUCUCCUGCCGUACACUUGUCUCCGUCCUUCAAGGUAUGAAACAAAGUAUAAAAUAUGAGAACAUUCUUUAUACUAAAGUGCUCCUCAUGUUGGUAAUCAUGGGGAAUCUUCUGAUGGCAGUUUACGUGAUAACUCUGUCUAUCUACGACAUCAUGUAUGGAGCAGAGCUCUGCAGGGAGCAAGCUCAUUGGCUCACAAGUGCAAAGUGCUCAGCUUUGGGAAUUGUCAGCACAAUCGGCACAGAGCUUUCGAUAUUUUCUUUAACUUUCCUGACCAUCUUGAGGCUUUACAAUGUCUCGAAUAGAUCUGCAAUAGUUCCGGUGACCAGAUCGUCGGUUAGUAAGAUUACACUGUGGACAGCAAUGAUAAUAGUAGCCGCGGUGGUCGUGGCUCUGAUCCCCCUGACUCCCGGAGAAUCAUUUGAAAACUACUUCACCCAGGGGUAUUUCUAUGAAGAAGACUACAAAUUGUUCACAGGUUUCAACUCUAAAGUCAAGCACGUCAACAUACUUGAGAAGUACUAUUCUACCGGAAACAGCUCAGCAAAUGUAACAACAGAUAUGAGCUGGAAGGAGAUCAGUGCCUUGGUGGAAGGAAUGUUCACUAACGACUACGGGAAUCUGACGGUCAACAGAGUUCAUUUCUACGGGAACGACAAAAUUUGUCUGUUCAAGUACAUUCUCAGACCUGAAGAAACAAUGGUGUAUCAACAGGGAAAUGUUCUGACGUGGAUUGUUUUAACUUUGAAUUCGGCCUGUUUUCUGGUCAUGCUGAUCGCUGUUGUGUGGAUUUGUAUUGUAAGGGAGCAAUCCUCAAAGAAAGGAGACCCCAAGAACAGUGAACACGAUAGAACCAGAUAUUUUGAACGCCUUAUCCUGGUUAUAGUGCUGUCAGACUUUGUCUGUUGGACUCCGUUCGCAAUAAUAUGCAUCCUCCACAAUCUCAACAUCGCUGAUGUUUCCAGCUGGUACAACAUCAUGUCUCUAACAUUACUACCCUUAAACUCUGUGCUUAACCCUCUGAUAUGUCUCAUCAAGAUGGGAGUUAAAAAACUGUUCAAUCAGACUUUGCAGGAGACAUUCCAGAGAUUUCCAGGAGUAAAGAAGGGCGAGCCUAGGCAGGGUAAGUGUAACUGUAAAGGUAGCUGUAACUGUAACAUAGAGAUGAACUCAGUCGCACCUGUACCGCAGAGGGUCGGCUUGUUUGCCAAUCCAACAUGGAUUCCCUUGGCAACAGAUAUAGAACCAGACACGACGGCAACAGAGCACGAUAUAGAACCAGACACGACGGUAUAAAAAGUACUUGCUUUCGAUAGUAGCUGGUUUUAGUUCUGACACUGUGUAGUGUAUUGUAAGUUACUUUCACUGGUUUCACAAGUUUGAUGAGAGUGAUGAUACCCAUCACUCAUGACUCACUUUUAGUUUUUUUUUCUUUGUUUUGAUUUUCACAAUUUGUUAAUAUGAUUUGUAUGAUAAUCUUUUAAAGGAUCGCUACUCUGCUAUUCAUUGGUGAAGUAAUGAUUCACAGUUAAAGUGAGCUGGAUGGCUACUAUACGGCUGGCACGUUUAAACUGCUAAUAUCUUAAUUGCAUAUUCAUGCAAGACGUGUCCGAACAUGAAUUAUAUCAUGACUAUUGUUUUGAGUUACGUCUUAGAAAAUUCAGUUUUCAGAGCAAUUGUUUAAAACUAGUUAUUUUGAUACUUUGAUGUGAAAUUUGAUUUUUUGUGUAAAAUGAUUAGGAAGUUCCUGCUUAAAUUACUUUUUGUAAAGUUUGAUAAUAACGUUUAGACAACAUAAUAUCUAGUAUCUUAAAUUAUUUUGACGUUUUGAUCAAUAAUUGUAAGUUUUGAUUCAAAAUAAGAUUUGGAUCAACAAGUUUCACCUCAAUGCCAUAUUAUCUUUUGACCCACGUUUGUAUGGCU